AUGAAGUCAUUGAUCACUAAUCCUGCGGUUGUAUUAGUAGAAUGGGUGGUGGUGGUGGCAGCAGUUAAUAUGAUAAUGACCACCUCAACUCUAUCAUCGCUGCCGUCGAGAGAGGCAGAAGCUCUACUCAAUAGCGGUUGGUGGCAGAGGAAUACUACCACAACAAAUCACUGCGAGUGGGUCGGUAUCAGUUGCAAUAAGGCAGGAAGCGUGAUUCAGAUACACGCCACUGAUUACAUCCUCACUGCCGGAGCAGCGCUCGAGAAAUUGAAUUUGUCGUCCUUUCCAAACCUUGAGGUUCUCGAUCUCAGCAACUGUCGUCUCCAUGGAAGUCUUGGCAGCCAAAUUGGUACACUUACGAAUUUGGUUUCUCUGAACUUGAGUGACAACUUGAUUACUGGUUUAAUCCCCUCGUCUAUUGGUCUCUUGACCAAUUUGACCCAUUUGAACCUUGCUCGCAAUCGACUAGCUCGAUUCAUCCCUUUAGAUUUAGGGAAUCUGAGUAAUUUGGUUAACCUAGAUCUCAGUUAUAACAAUCUCAUAGGUUCAAUCCCCUCAUCUAUAGGUCUCUUGACUCAUUUGACUCAUUUGGUCCUUGAACGCAAUCGACUUGCUGGAUUCAUCCCCGUAACAUUGGGGAGCCUGAGUAAUUUAGUUCUUCUAAAUCUCAGAAGUAAUCAUCUCACUGGUCCAAUCCCAUUAUCUAUAGGUAAUUUGACAAAGCUCAACUAUUUGUACCUUGAUUCAAAUCAAAUCAACGGAUCCAUCCCUUCAGAAAUCGGGAACUUGGUGCAUUUAUUUGGAUGGGAGAUGGCCAAUAAUGACGUCAUUGGUCCAAUUCCUUUCUCUAUAGCUAAUUUGACCAAACUCAACUAUUUAAACUUUGCUUCAAAUCAUAUCAACGGUUUCCUCCUUCCAGAAAUAGGGAACCUGAUGCAGUUGUUACACUUGGAGAUGAGUUGGAACAAUCUCAUUGGCUCAAUUCCUUCAUCCAUUGGUAAUUUGACUAAGCUCGAUUCUUUGUGCCUUGAUUCAAAUUAUAUCAAUGAUUCCAUACCACCCAGCAUUGCUAAAUUGAAAAAUCUGAAAUAUUUAAACUUGUCCGUAAAUCUAAUUAAUAAUGUGAUCCCUACAGAGAUAAGGGAACUCACGAAUUUGAUAUAUUUAAACCUUUGUCAUAACCGUCUUUUUGGUCCAAUUCCUUCAUCUAUUGGCCAUUUGGCAAACUUAGAAAGAUUUGAAUUGUUUGCGAAUCAAAUCAACGGCUCAAUACCACCUGAACUUGGCAAUCUUUCCACCCUAGAUUAUUUAGAUCUCUCUCAAAAUUUUCUGAGUGGACCUAUCCCAAAAGAACUAAACAGAUGCCACAGUUUGCGAUACUUGGGAAUGAGCAACAAUAAUUUGAGUGGAAACAUACCUGCUGAACUUGUAUUCCUCAUGUCAAGGUUAGAACACUUGAGUCUCUCCCAUAAUAAUCUCUCUGGCACCGUCCCUAAUUGUCCUUGCGGGUCAUGCCCACUUGAUUUGUCAGACACCUAUCUAGAGUGUACCUUGACUCAUCCACCACACAAUAAGGCAAAGGGAAAUUCACAUCUUCUUGCCAUUUUCCUUGCCAUGUCUAUUUUCCUCGCCUUCUUAGUUUCUGGAUUUAUUUACUUUUGUCGGAGUAAGAUUACGAAAACCCCCUGUGAGGCAAGGGCAAUGAAGAAUGGCAACAUGUGCUCAAUAUGGAAUUACGAUGGAUGCAUUGCGUAUGAAGACAUCAUUCGAGCAACAAAUGACUUUGACAUCGCAAAUUGCAUUGGAACCGGUGGUUAUGGCAGUGUUUACAAAGCCCAGUUGCCUAAUGGCCAAGUAUUUGCCUUGAAGAAACUUCACAGUUUAGAGGCUGAAGAACCAGCAUUUGACAAGAGUUUCAGGAAUGAGGUGCAAAUGUUGACGAAUCUUCGCCACAAAAACAUUGUAAAGCUUUAUGGGUUUUGUUUACAUAGUCACUGCAUGUUCUUGGUCUACGAGUACAUGGAAAAGGGAAGCUUAUUUUGUGCACUAUCAUAUGACGAUGAGGCUGUAGAUUUGAAUUGGACUACAAGGGUGAACAUCGUUAAGGGCACUGCACAUGCUCUAUCUUAUAUGCAUCAUGAUUGUGCCUCACCAAUUGUUCACCGAGACAUAUCGAGCAACAACAUUUUGUUGAACUCGAAUCUGGAGGCUUUUGUAGCUGACUUUGGCACAGCCAAAUUGCUAUGUCCUGAUUCUUCGAAUCGAACUCUCACUGUAGGGACUUAUGGAUAUGUUGCUCCAGAGCUUGCAUACACCAUGGUUGUUACAGAGAAAUGUGAUGUCUAUAGCUUUGGUGUGGUGGCAUUGGAAACAAUUAUGGGAAGACAUCCAGGAGAGCUGCUCUCAUCACUAUCAUCAUCAUCUGCUCAAAAUAUAAUGCUAAAUGAGGUGUUAGACCCACGCCUCUCACCACCAACUGAUCCAUUGGUUGCCAGAGAUGUUGUUCUUGUUUCUACAUUGGCUUUUGCAUGCCUGCGUUCUGAACCAGAAUCCCGUCCAACAAUGCAACGAGUAUCUCAAGAAUUUCUUGCUUGUAGGUCACCACCGGCCAAACCCUUUCACUCAAUUUCUCUAUGGCAGCUAAGGAAUCCAGAGGGUAAUUUUCCACCUAAUCAAAUUCAACAAUCAAAGAAAGGAACUGGCAUCACAACUUUGGAAUGAAGGAGAUGAAGGCGGCGGUGGAAAUCAGU